ACGCGCCCCGGGCUCCUGCAGCUCCUCCCUCCGCUGCUCCACAUCAGCUGAUCCGUCACGUGGGCUCGUGUCGUGGGUCACCCUUUGCAAAAUGGAGUUGUCCGAGUCUGUGCAGAGAGGGCUUCAGUCUCUAGCAGACCCGUCCGUCUUCGAUCAGACCAGCUUCCCCGCGCUGGUGGACGUCUCUUUCCGGAGUCUGCUCUCUUCUCACGGCGACCCCGGCGUCCUCGAUCAGUCUGAGCUGAAGCAGGUCGACCAGAUCCUGCUGAAACAGAGCCACACCGCAGCGAUCACCUUCAUACUGGAGGCGGUCAAACAAAAUGCAGACAAGUCGACUGUAAGCUCCUGCCUUGAAGAGCUCACAUUCAGUGCAGAGAGAAUAGAAAUAUUCUGUAGCACAUAUCAGAAACAUAAAAAAGAACUAGAGCGUCUGUUAGCAAGCAUAGGAAAGCAGCCACCUCGGGUUAACGACGUGUCGUGGCGUCUACAGUACCACAUGAAGAACGGACAGCUUGAUAAGGUCAACGAGCCUUUCUACUUGAUUUCAUUGAACACUGAGAAUAAAGGAACCCCUGAAGAUAUAAACUUCACCUGCACAGUGGAGCAGUUACAGGACUUGGUGGGAAAGCUGAAAGACGCUGCCAAGAGUGUGGAGAAAGCCAGUCAGAUGUAAUACUGGUGUCCAGUUUCCUCGCCACAAAGCACUGAACUUCACCGGUUCCCAGCGGCAUUGUUCAUCUCUUUAUUGCUUCUUUUGUACCUGAGAUUGACGACAUGAUGUAUGAGAAAGUUAUCAUUCCAACUUGUGUGUUAAUUAAAACAGAAAAAUAAAA